UUUUUUUGUUACCUGACGCAAUAAUAUGAUUUUCAGUUUUCAAGAUUUAAAUUUAAAAAUCAUGAAAAGGGCUUGGAAUCUAAUCAAUAUAUAAAUAUUUUUUAAUGAGAGAAACCCAAAAUCUAAGCAAAACCAUUUUUUUAAUUUUCCUCUCUCUUACACACACACAUGAUAAAAAGUGUUUAGAGACAGCUCUUCUCUUCUUGUUCUCAGUUUGAGAGAAACAAAACCUUCCAAUACAACCAGAGAGUCGACGAAGAAGAAAGAAACCAUGUCCCAACAUCUUCUUCUUCUCAUUCUCCUCUCGCUACUUCUUCUUCAUAAACCCAUUUCCGCCACUACAAUUAUUCAAAAAUUCAAAGAAGCCCCACAGUUUUACAAUUCUGCAGAUUGCCCCUUAAUCGAUGACUCCGAGUCCGACGAUGACGUGGUCGCCAAACCAAUCUUCUGCUCACGUCGAGCUGUCCACGUGGCGAUGACACUCGACGCCGCCUACAUUCGUGGCUCAGUCGCCGCUGUUCUCUCCGUCCUCCAACACUCUUCUUGUCCUGAAAACAUUGUUUUCCACUUCGUCGCCUCUGCUUCCGCCGACGCUUCUUCCUUACGAGCCACCAUAUCCUCCUCUUUCCCUUACCUUGAUUUCACCGUCUACGUCUUCAACGUCUCCUCCGUCUCUCGCCUUAUCUCCUCCUCUAUCCGCUCCGCACUAGACUGUCCUUUAAACUACGCAAGAAGCUACCUCGCCGAUCUCCUCCCUCCCUGCGUCCGCCGCGUCGUCUACCUAGACUCCGAUCUGAUCCUCGUCGACGACAUAGCAAAACUCGCCGCCACAGAUCUCGGCCGUGAUUCAGUCCUCGCCGCGCCGGAAUACUGCAACGCCAAUUUCACUUCAUACUUCACAUCAACCUUCUGGUCUAAUCCGACUCUCUCUUUAACCUUCGCCGAUCGGAAAGCAUGCUACUUCAACACUGGAGUCAUGGUGAUCGAUCUUUCCCGGUGGCGCGAAGGCGCGUACACGUCACGCAUCGAAGAGUGGAUGGCGAUGCAAAAGAGAAUGAGAAUUUACGAGCUUGGUUCGUUACCACCGUUUUUAUUGGUUUUUGCCGGUUUGAUUAAACCGGUUAAUCAUCGGUGGAACCAACACGGUUUAGGAGGUGAUAAUUUCAGAGGACUGUGUAGAGAUCUCCAUCCUGGUCCGGUGAGUCUGUUGCAUUGGAGUGGGAAAGGUAAGCCAUGGGCUAGGCUUGAUGCUGGUCGGCCUUGUCCUUUAGACGCGCUUUGGGCUCCGUAUGAUCUUCUUCAAACGCCGUUCGCGUUGGAUUCUUGACCAGUCUCGAUCGGUUUACUUAUUAUUAAUACCGGUACAUACAUAUAUACAAUAUACAGGUGAAUUUUUGUUUUUACUGUACAUCGAUUCGUAAAUCAUACAACCGAAGAAGAAAAAAAACAUUUUGCUUUUUGCUUUUGUUCGUUGUUGUUUUCAUUGGUUUUGUUUUGGAGUAUAGAAGAGAAUAUACAAAAAAAAAAAUACUCUCAAGUGACCAAAAGAAUGAUCAAAAUGGCUAAAUUUUUAACAUUUUCUAUAAAAGUGUAAUUUUAUCAAAUACUAUUAAAUGGGAAUUAUCUUGCAUUUAGAGCUGGAAACGCUGCAUUUGCGUUGUGCAUAUGGGGAAUGGAACAAAU